GCUGCAGCUCCUCCACCACCACACAGCGGAGCGGAGAGGCCACGUAGGACAGGACACAGAAAGAGAGCGAGCGAGAGGGGGAGGGCAUGCUAGGCUACCUUAAACGAUAGAUAUCCACUACGUAGGAAUGGACAGUUGAUGUCAACACAUCGUGAAAAACACAUUUAAGUAUGAAAAUGCCUUCUUCAGCGGGGGUGGUCGCGCUGGUCUGGGUCGCCGGUUUUCUUUUGGUAAUCCAGCCUUUACCCACCGCAGCGUGGGACUUAGACCUGGAGCUCUUCGACCUGGUGGAGGAAAUUCCGAAGACCUUCUACGAGUUCCUGUCUGUUAGCCAAGAUGCAACGUCAUCUGAGAUCAAGAAGGCCUACAGAAGACUGUCACUCACCCUGCACCCUGAUAAAAACAAAGAUGAAAACGCCGAAACCCAGUUCAGACAGCUGGUCGCCAUCUAUGAGGUUCUUAAGGAUGAAGAACGGAGGCAACGAUAUGAUGACAUUCUGGUUAAUGGGCUGCCUGACUGGAGGCAGCCUAUGUUCUACUACCGUCGUGUGAGGAAGAUGAGUAACGGAGAGCUGGGCUUCCUCCUGUUCCUCAUCCUCACAGUGGGCCACUACGCUGUAAUCUGGUCCAUCUAUCUGGAGAAGCAGCUGGAUGAACUUCUUAGCAAGAAGAAGAAAGAGAAGAAGAAGAAGCAAAGCAGCAAGGUAGCUGAGGAAGUGAAGACCACUGGACAAGAGAAAAAUGAGAGAUCAGAUAAGCCGCACUGGCAUGAUAUUUUACCCCUCAAAUUGAGCAUCUGGCUGUAUUACUCUUUGAAGUCUCUCCCACACGUCAUACAGGACGUGAAGCAGUACUACAAAGAUUACAAAGAAAUGAAAGUGAAGGAGAAAGAAGAAGCAGAAGCACUAGCACUAGCAGAGCAAGAAAGUCAGCAAAGAGAGAAACGUCCCAAGGUGAAGAAACCCAAGAUGGAGUUUCCAGUUUAUGAGCCCAGUGAGGCAGCUUACAUACCUGCAUAUGACCAGGGAACGUCCAUCGAGGACAUUGAGGAUCAAAUGGACGAUUGGCUGGAGGAUAGGAAACAGCAGAAAAAGAAAACUCCAGGGUGGACAGAAGAGGAUGUCAGCUUGCUAACUCGCAGCAUGGCAAAGUUCCCCGGAGGGACACCAGGCCGGUGGGAGAAGAUCGCCCAUGAACUGGGCAGAUCCGUUGCUGAAGUUACAGCUAAAGUGAAACAGAUCAAAGACAGCGUCUCCAGCACACCUGGGCUGGUAAAGUUCUCAGAUCUGAAGAGCUGUGCGACAGUUGGUAAAGGCUCUGUCCCGGACAGUCUGAUGACCCAACGAGAGGAGCUCGAGCCAUCGGCGCCCUCGGAGCCCGAUGCUGAAGGAGACUCUGAGAACCGGACCGUGAGGAGGAGAGCCAGGAAAUCAGCAGCAGGGGCUGCUGGGGCAGCAGCGGGAGAGGAAAGGGUGAAAGGGCGCAGGCAGAAAGACUUUGACCCCACGGCUGUGGAUGAGGACAGUGAAGACGAGAAAAAGUCCUCACCCUCAGCACCACCCAAGGAGAAGCCCAGCGCUUCUGAUGACGUUUGGACCCAGAACCAGCAGAGGCUCCUGGAGCUUGCCCUGCAGCAGUACCCACGAGGCACUGCUGAACGAUGGGACAGGAUCGCUAAAGUGGUGCCUGGGAAAAGCAAGGAGGAGUGUAUGAUCCGUUACAAGCUGCUCGCAGAGCUGGUGCAGAGACGGAAACAAGCAAAGAGCUGACGCUCUGGACCUCCGAGCCCUUCCUUCUGUACCUUCAUCUCUCUGUCAUGUGCCUUAGCUUUGCCAAAAUCAUGCUGUACAUCGGCCCGGUCAGCUCUAAUGCUGCCUGGCAUGUUCUGCAGUACUUGGACAUAUCAGUAUUGGAGAAAUCUAUUUGUGACCUGUAUUAUUUGAAACAGCAGAUGUGCUGAAAAUCAGUUUAUUAUUUAUUUUAAAUCAUUCUCUGCUGCAGUCUCCACCGCAAAUGUUUCAUAGUGCAGUUUAAAGCAAGAGGAACAGAAAGUCUAAGUCUCUCUGUUUUCAGAGACCCAGUAUGUUGUUCUUUUUAUCCGUUUGUCACAUUGUAAUGAAACAUAAAGCAUCGUGUACAACUGAUGUA